AGCCAUGUGGAAGACCGCUGUAAUGCUGCUGCCCUUGCUGCUGUGCCUCGUCGUCGCUGCUCCGGCGCAAAACCAGAGCGCGGCCGAGCAGCAUGCCAACGAGGUGUUCGACCAGAUUUUGGAGAGUGUGAGCCAGUCGGAGACGCUCGACCCGCUGCACUUGCCCGAGCAGGUGGCCGGCUUUGACCGCACUUUCCUGGUGCGCUUCCAUGGCGAGGUUCGCCUCUACAACACUACGCUCACGGGCCUGUCGACUGUACAGCGCACGGGCAACUGCCGCUUCCAGAUGGACGACAAAGGGCUGGACGUGCUGGCCGACGUGGGCGUGGGCGCCCUGGAUCUGGACAGCAAGGCUCACGUCAAGUUCAUGGGCCGCGGUCCCACGGUGGACCUGCACGUGCACAUCGAUUACGUGCGCGUGCUCCUCGAAGCACUCCAGGUGGACGGAGUCGUGCAGCUGCGCCGGUUCAAAGUGCAGGAGCUGCUGGGCUUCACUCUCAAGAUCAAUGGACUUGGACCGCUCAGCUACAUGUUCAACUUCUUCUCCACUUACUUCACCAGGCUUUUCAAAGGCAUUGUCCGCUCUCGCGUCGAGAAGAUACUCAGCGCACAGAUUGAGAAAAAGAUUCGAGAACUCAAGCUUACUUUCUAAGUGUGCAGGUUACUGUGUGACCCAGCUUGAUUCGCCAGGGUGUU